CUGUGUAAUGAUAUUGUUUGCAGUGAUGCUCAGACAGCGAGCACCUGCUGCUCUGUAAUGAUUCAGCCUCUUUCAGCCGCCGCUGUAACACGACAGGAUGCUGCUGCUACUGUCACUUCUGCCGCUGCCGCUGUUGUUACAGAUUUUGCUUUUGCUCCUUCUACCGCAUGACAAUUGUUUUCCUCGUCUAAGCAGAUACCAGCCUCAGAUGCUCAAGUAAUGGACUGUGAUAGAGUUAAGGCCUUUUGGAGGUGAGCUGUUUGAGAGCUGAUGUUUAAACAUGUCUGAAGUAGCUGCCGACACUUUCCCCAGCCCCUCAGCUCAGCUGAGCCCUGAUGCAUCCCUCAACGGGCUCCCAGAUGAGGAGAACAUGCCGGGGACCCAAAGAGAGGACAGGAGGGUCCAGGGGAUAGCAGGCCUUGCCGCAACCUGCUGUGCGUGCCUGGAGGCAGAGCGACUGAAGGGCUGCCUCAACUCUGAAAAGAUCUGCAUCGCCCCUAUCCUGGCUUGCCUGCUUAGCCUUUGCCUCUGCAUUGCUGGCCUCAAGUGGGUCUUUGUGGACAAGAUUUUUGAGUAUGACUCUCCUACCCACCUUGACCCUGGGAGGAUAGGACAAGACCCAAAGAGCGCUGUGGAUCCUACAGCUCUGUCUGCCCGGGUGCCUUCGGAGGUGUAUGCCUCACCAUUCCUCGUACCUAGCCCCAGGAGCAAGGCUGAAGUGACAGUGCAAAGUGCCAGCUCACUUGUGUCCUCCAAACCGUUCCUCCAGCCUUCCCUGUAUAACCGCAUCCUAGAUGUUGGGUUGUUGUCCUCUGCUGCACCUUCGCUGUCACCACCCGCCCUGGAGCCUACCACAGCGUCUCAGGCACAAGCAACAGAAACCAAUCUCCAAACCACUCCAAAACUUUGUAAGUAAAAGCUGUGUGUUACUUUGGUUUUUUUUCCCCCCCCUUUCACCAGAAAGGAAAAAAAAAAAAAAGCCACUUAACUGUUCUGCAACUGUCCACAAGGAGGGCAUGGGAUUGGCAUG